CUCAGGCUAUGGGCUGACUUUACUUUUUAACGUGCAUUUUCUGAUUCUCCCUGGCAAUUAGUGCCAAACCUUUACUAGCUCUGGUUUCUAGCCUGCAAGGAAAAUACAGUUAUUUGCAUUCCUCUUAGAGAAAGCUGGAGAAGUACCAAGAAGCUGACGUGGAGUUGGUGGCUUCAGAUCCUGCCUCUUCAGAUAAGCCUGUUUCGAGAGUGGUUUGGUGAUUAUGCGUAGUUAGCACAUCCUUCUUUUCUUGAGAAGCAACAGUCAAGACACUGGCUACACCUUCCAAAUGAGUGAGAGCCUGAGUAGCAGAGAAACCAGCUUUCUCAUCAAUGAAGAAUCAACGCCUGCAAAACGAUUCAAUUUGUUCCUGAGGCGGCGUCUUAUGUUCCAAAAGAGCAAACAAAGCAAAGAUUCUAUCUUCUUCCGAGAUGGGAUCAGGCAAAUUGAUUUUGUACUUUCCUAUGUUGAUGACAUAAAGAAAGACUCAGACAUAAAGGCGGAAAGAAGAAAAGAAUUUGAGCAAAAUCUCAGAAAGUCAGGUCUUGAAUUGGAAAUCGAAGACAAAAGGGAUUCCGAGGAUGGAAGAACUUACUUUGUCAAGAUCCACGCCCCUUGGGAGGUGCUAGCUACCUAUGCUGAAGUGCUGGGGAUCAAAAUGCCUAUUAAGGAGAGUGACAUUCCCCGGACGGAGCACCUGCCCUUUAACUGCAUGUUCGCGCCUGUGAAGCUCCCAGAGACCGUGAAAUAUCCUCGCCCUGAAUAUUUCACUGUCCAGUUCAACAGGCGUCGGCAGGAGCUCUUCCUCAUUGACGACAAAGCCACCUUCUUUAAAUCCUCAUCAAGAAACAGAAUUGUGUACUAUAUUCUUUCACGGUGUCCUUUUGGCAUAGAAGAUGGGAAAAUAAAGUUUGGGAUUGAAAGACUGCUAAAUUCUAACACUUAUUCAUCUGCCUACCCGCUCCAUGACGGCCAGUAUUGGAAGCCCUCAGAAGCUCCAAAUCCUGUCAAUGAAAGGCACAUACUUCAUAAGAACUGGGCUCGGUUUUCCUAUUUCUACAAGGAACAGCCUUUGGAUUUGAUUAGGGAUUAUUAUGGAGAAAAAAUUGCUAUCUACUUUGUCUUUCUUGGUUUUUACACAGAGAUGCUGUUCAUUGCAGCUUUGGUUGGCUUAGCUUGCUUUAUUUAUGGCUUAUUAUCAAUGGGCAGUAACCCAAGCAGCGUGGAAAUCUGCGACCCCAAUGUUGGUGGUCAGAUGAUCAUGUGCCCGCUCUGUGAUCAAGUGUGUGACUACUGGAGACUGAAUACCACCUGUUGGGCUUCAAAGUUCUCCCAUUUAUUUGAUAAUGAGUCAACAGUGUUCUUUGCAAUAUUCAUGGGAAUUUGGGUCACGUUGUUUUUGGAGUUUUGGAAACAGCGACAAGCCAGACUGGGGUACGAGUGGGAUCUGGUGGACUUCGAGGAGGAGCAGCAGCAGCACCAGCUGAGACCGGAGUUCGAAGCCAUGUGCAAGCACAGGAAAAUGAAUGCAGUGACGAAGGAGAUGGAACCUCAUAUGCCUCUGUUUCGUCAUAUUCCAUGGUACUUCUUAUCUGGAGCCACGGUGACACUGUGGAUGGCUCUUGUGGUCACCAGCAUGGUGGCUGUGAUUGUGUACCGCCUGUCAGUCUUCGCUGCAUUUGCGAGCUUCAUGGAAAGUGAAGCAUCCUUACAGGAAGUCAAGAGGUUCUUCACUCCACAGUUAGCCACGUCGCUCACUGGAUCCUGCUUGAACUUCAUUGUCAUCUUGAUCUUGAAUUUCUUUUAUGAAAAAAUAUCUGCGUGGAUUACAAAAAUGGAACUCCCUCGAACUUACCAGGAAUAUGAGAGCAGUCUUACUUUGAAAAUGUUCCUGUUUCAGUUUGUGAAUUUUUACUCAUCCUGCUUCUACGUAGCUUUCUUUAAAGGGAAGUUUGUGGGCUACCCUGGAAAAUACACAUAUUUGUUUAAUGUGUGGAGAAGUGAAGAGUGUGAUCCUGGAGGCUGUUUAGUGGAACUGACCACCCAGCUAACCAUCAUAAUGAUUGGGAAACAGAUUUUCACAAACAUUAAGGAAGCAAUUUAUCCCUUGGUUUUGAAUUGGUGGAGACGUAGAAAGGCCCGGACCAACUCUGAGAAACUGUACAGUCGUUGGGAGCAGGAUCAUGACCUUCAGUGUUUUGGACAACUUGGGUUAUUCUAUGAAUACUUAGAAACAGUGAUCCAGUUUGGCUUUGUCACACUCUUUGUGGCCUCUUUCCCGCUGGCCCCUCUUUUCGCCCUCAUAAAUAACAUUGUGGAGAUUCGCGUGGAUGCCUGGAAACUCACCACUCAGUACCGGAGACCCGUGGCCGCUAAAGCGCACAGCAUCGGCGUCUGGCAGGACAUCCUCGCCGGCAUGGCGGUGCUUUCUGUCGCAACCAAUGCUUUUAUUGUUGCCUUUACAUCGGACAUCAUCCCCCGUUUGGUUUACUACUAUGCCUACUCUACAAAUACCACACAGCCUUUGAGUGGCUAUGUCAAUAACAGUCUGUCAAUAUUCCUGACAGCAGAUUUCCCAAACCACACUGUACCUUUGGAUAAACGAGACUUCACCACUUGCAGGUACAGAGAUUACAGAAAUCCUCCUGGGGAUGAGAAUAAGUACCUUCAUAAUAUGCAGUUUUGGCAUGUCCUUGCUGCCAAGAUGACAUUCAUCAUAAUUAUGGAACACAUUGUGUUUCUUGUCAAAUUUUUGUUGGCCUGGAUGAUCCCUGAUGUUCCGAAAGACGUUGUGGACAGAAUCAAACGGGAAAAGCUAAUGACUGUCAGGAUUCUUCAUGAUUUUGAACUCAACAAACUAAAAGAGAAAUUGGGACUUAAUCCUAAUGAAUUUUCCAAGCAUGUCAUGAUUGAGGAAAACAAAAUGCAGCUGGCUAAAUCCACAAUUUAAUCAGCAUAACGGAGGAACAGCUGGUUGCCCUCUCGGGUUAGGGCCGGAGGCCAGAAGCCAUGUGUCAAUCUACCUUUUCUCUUAGCUUUAACUCAAAGUUUUUAUAUACUUUUAAGAGGCCAACUUUGUGUUGUGGGAGGAGUACCACUGUUUACAUCAUAUGCUGGGCCCUUCCCAGAUAUUCUUUCCCAGGAUCCUGUAAAGGACUGUUGGAAAUCCACGUGGAAUUGCAAUACAGGAGGUCAUGCAGUGUUGGGGUUGAGAAGGAAACUUGAACUUGAAUUGUGUCCCCAUUUUCCAGGGCAUCUGCACAUUUUAUGUUCUUUCAUUGUGUUGCUUCUCUCUCCCUCUCAUGAAGAAAAAUGUUCAAGGGAGAGAGCAAUGAGGCCUUCUGAGUCACAUAAACCCUGCUAUUUUAACUUAUGCAAAUGAAAGACCAAAAUCAUAUAACAUAAGAAAACUCACACAUUAAACCGUGUUGGGUAAAUAGCAUAGCAGGAGUUUAUUCUUGAAAUUGUCUGGUACAAGUUAAACUUUUAGCAGAAUCGGAGAUACUCUUGAAGAGUCUAAAUGUUUGAGUUUCAACAAAAGAGUAACAUCAAGAUUGAUAAAGAUAGCAUGCUGGCAACAGUAUUUUCAAGAUUUGUGGUUAUCUGUGGAAAAUACUAUUGUGAAGGAAUUAGACUACUGCAGGUCUUCAAGAAAAUGGAAAGUAUUAUAUAGAAGUAAAUGUAUUUUCUUAGUUAAGAAUGCAAGACAAUACAUCUUGAUUAAUUUAUUCACUUUAAAAAGUUGUUGAGUUUUUGAAAAUUAUUUUUUCUGUACUGUCUAUUUUGUAUCAUGAAGCCCUUUUGAGUAAGUUAGAUACAAGUUCUGUAUGAAAUUUGAUCUCUUUGCUUUGAAGAGAUUCCACAUCUUUGAAUAAGUUUACAGCCUCUUCAUAUUGAUGCAUCUCCUUAUCCAAUGCUCAGUGCCUUCUUCUAUGCCUGUGACACAUGAGAAAUGGUAGUCUUGGCCAUUAGUUCAACAAGAUGUAACAUGUCAAAUACUAGAGAAACUGAUGGUGUAAAAACCACUACAGUUUAGCCCUGAAAACUCAACCAAGUAACAAAAAAGAUGAUGAACUUGAUAGUUAACUGAAAAAUAUAUUUUUUGAAUUAUUCCUCUCAAAUUUAAGCCUACAGACAUGUACAAUUAAUUCGUGUUCCUUUUUCACUUAUAAAAAAUUAUAUAGGGCUGGGGAUUUAGCUCAGUGGUUCGGCUGCCUGCCUCGCAAGUGCAAGGUCCCAAGUUUGAUCCCCAGUACCAAAAAAAAAAGUUGUGGGCCGGGGAUUUAGCUCAGUGGUUUUGCCGCCUGCUGCGCAAGCACAAGUGCCCGAGUGCAAUCCCCGGUACCAAAAUAAAUAAAUAAAUAAAAAAUAAAACAUAAUAGUAAAUUAUAUAUAUAUUCUCACUGGAGUGAGAGAUACCAUCCAAUUGUAAAGUGUUUGAAUCCAAAAUUUCAAAUUGGAUUUUAAUUCCAAAGGAAAAGCCAAUGGGCUCUUUUAUCACACACAUCCAAAGAAAUUUUAUAACAAGUUUUUUAAGCUGGUAUUUCUUUAUCUAACCCUAAUAAAUUUUAUGGAACUACUGGUACUUAAUAUAUGGCAAACAGUAUUAACUACUGAUCAAUAUUAAAUAUUUAGAACUAAGGAUGAUUUAUUUUACAAAACCUUGAGACACUUACCCCAAUAUUGUCAGUACUGAUUUGCCAAGUACUGCUUAGAUUUUAUGAGAAUUUUUCAAAGAUGAAAUGAUCUGCUAAUGGAAGUAGGAUUUCAUAUACAUAGAAGAUGUGUUCUUGCUAGUGAAACCAGUCAGUUGCCAUGGACUAAUCCCCAUUAAUCUCAGCAUUACUGGGCUGAGAAAUCAAACUCGGUGUAAUGACGACAUUGCCCCUUAUACACAGCUCAUUUUGCUUCUGCCUUGGUACUAAUAAAAAUAAGGAAGAACAGGAAAUAUGUUUUCUUGGAUGUACACAUUAAUUUAUAUGGUUCAAAAGUAUGUAUAGAGCUGUAUUGCAAAAUAAAAACAAAUUUAACUCAGAGUUAUUUGUACAGUAAAAUUUACAACAAGCCAAGUGUUAGGUUUCUAGACCAUAUAGAGAAACUAGCAAAGGAGGAAAUUAUUUUUAAGAUAAAUAGGUGAUUCUUAUGAUUGAUUGGUAAUAUCCUUUUAGGAUGUCCUUGACAAAUACUCUUAUUCACCUUGUGAUUUCCUAUUGAGAGCUUCUCCAUGUUUUGUCAAUUAUGCAGUGAAACGCUGGCAUUAUCUUUUUGAAAGUAUUCUAACCAUAAUCAGGAACCAGAUUUAGGUAGAUAGAUUUGUCUCAUCUAAUAAAACCAAUUGGUUAUUAUGGGAGGACUCAGUGAUGAGCAUCUGGCCAUCAGAUGCCUGUCAUUACCAGCCUGGUGAUCGUUUUUCUCCUCCAAUCCAAACCAUAGUUGUUGUUUUUUCCCAGGAAUGUUCUAGGGAACAUUCGAGAUCUUGUGUGACAAAAUUUUAAGUGCCAAAACCAAAGGAACACAUUACUUUUUUCAGAUAUCUUCUCUCGUCCUUGUGCUCAUCAACUUUGUUUGUACACAAGAGGCAGAACCAUUUAAAUUGUUUUAGAGAGAUCCAUCCAGAAAAGACUGCUGUAAUUAAGUAGAAUGUUGUCUUCAUUCUGUUUCAUCUCGUGAUGUGGCUUUAAUGAUCUUUGAGUCAAGCUAAUGCAAGCUACCAAAAAGAAAAGGGGAAUUAAAGGGGGAGAGAAGUGCCAUGCUGGGGGUGGUACACACUGUGUGGGAAGUACCAUGUCUCCUCCACUGGCCGGCUAGUGAGGGUGAGAGAAAAGCCAGACAGAUUUCAAGCUGAGAACAAGAAUGUGUCAAAAAUAAAACUUUCAUUCCCAAGUGAUUUUGUAAUUUCAGAUACAAUUAAUAGCCGUGGAUCUCUGUUGAUAGACUCCAGUUAAAGGUAAAGAAUUUGUACUGUUUAUUCAAUAGGAAAUCUAAAGUUUUGAAAGAAGGACUUUCAUACUUGUUUUAACCAGUAAUAAUUAUGAUGCAGUUGAAGGAUGUUAUUAAGGAAGACAGCAUUGCAAGAAAUACUAAUGCCCAAGCUUAGACAUCUACCAGAAGGAAUCACUGUGACUAUUGUGUUAUUCUUUUUCUAAACAAAUUUUUCCUACUCAACUUUUAUGCAUAAUAAUUUAACUGUGUCAGUUACUCUAAAAUUAUGUAAAAUUGAAGAAAGUGAUAAAAAUAUAUAUACAUCAUAGUUUCAUUUUGUGAGAUACAUGUUUCUGAAAUUUUUAACUAGACGGAUCUCUCGUAUAUGUGAGAUUGUGUAAUUGACUCAGAAAAUAAGUGUUCUGUUCUGUAUUUUCUUUCUUCUGUUUUUCUUUUGAAAGAGGGAUACACAAGUAUGCAGGGAAAGUGAUUUGAGGAAUAUGUCCUUAUAUAUCAGGAGGUUUAGGUUCAGUCAGUGAAUAAAGUAAUAAUUUUAAACUACAUUGUGACAUACACUCAUUUAUUCUUAAAGUUAAAUGCUGACAUAAUUUUUCAGAGUUUGAGUGUUAAAAAGAGUUUUUAAAAUCACUUUUGUUGUUUAGAGACAUUAAGAUAAAUAUGCACAUACAACACAGCCCAGGAAAUUACACAUUUGACAAAUAUAGAGUUGUAGAUCCUUUAAACCUUAAGUUGCAUGGCACAGAAAAAUUGGAAAAGGUGGUAGUUUAUGUUCUAUUGUUUCCUUGCUAUUUCUACUUUGGAAGAUGAUGAGGCUGAACAUAAAGGUGCAUGAAGAAAAACAGUAUGUUGAAAUAAUUGUCAACACUAUCUUUGCCCAAAGCAGGGCCCAGCCACCUUCACUGAAACUGUCUGGACAGACUGUUAGGAAUGCACACCCCUGGGCCCCACCUCAGCUCUCUAGGAGCAGAGUCCCUGGGACAGUAUCUUUUCAAAUCUCCAGCAUUAAAUCUGUGAGGUGAUGAAAAUUUCUUAAAUGAUAAAUUGCCUAAACGAAAGCAUUGCUAUAGUGACUUGCAAAUAUUAAUUUAUCAUCCUAGCUUAUUAUAGGAUUAUGUCAAGGCAAGUACAGUCUGGCUUUCCAAAUUUGUAGAAAUGCUCUAAUCCUAUAUGGUAUGUAAAAAUUAUGAAAACCUUACUUCCUAAGAGUUUCCACUUAUUAAAAAAAAAUCAAGUUACAUGUAUUUUCUCUUUCCAAUAUAUUUAACAGAAGAAAAAUGCAGACUGAUGAGACAUUAAGGUGAAUACAUCACAUCCUAACUAUUUUAUAGAACACAUUAUCAUAUAGGAUUUAAUCAGCAAAGAAAAAUUUCUACGAAUAUUAUAAGGGAAAUUGAGAUUGUCAGAGGAAAUUGGCCUUUUGGGAUUGUAAAAAGCCUGGGGAGCAAUGGUCUGGAAAGAAGAAAGGAAAGUCAGACAGAACGUACCAUUAAGGCCCCCUGAAACACUGCUAUGAGGGGACAAAUUGUAGCUAAUAAGUCCCCAAGUGCUGAAGGAGGCCUGGGACAGAGCGCUUGUGCCGAAGUCUAUGGAAAGGUAUUAUUUUCCUGCAGCUCCUGCUGCCACAAAUGUGCAGCUAAGUUUUGCUCAUGGCCUUGGUGCCCACUGCUAGGUGGGAACAGGUGGACACAGAAAGUGAGGACCGCCAACAGCCCACUGGGUGCCUCUCCUUAUCCAUCCUCAAAGACGGUCAGAAAAAAGUGGCUGCUGCGUGCGUCUUUGGCAAACGUAACCUGACUUCACAGAGGGAAAAGACUUCUAGGAAAUAGAGCUCCAGCUUCGCUAAGUUGACACAGUACCGACUGCCUUAUAGACCCAAAUCAAAGUAAGCCAAAGUUAGCAGCCCUAUGAAAACACGAUGAGCAAAGGAGACUUAAUUUGCCUUCAUGAAACAUACUCCAAAAGGAAGAAUAGAAAUUUCCUUUCAAGCACAUUCUCAAUAUUCACAAGAUUGGAUUAAAUACCAAACCAUAAAAGCAAAAAACCCAAAAUGAGCAGAUGUCAAAUGACUGAAAUCAACCAGGUAACUUUCUCUGCCUACGAUGAAAUAAAACUAGAAAAGAUAAUAAAACAUGCCUGGAAGAAUUGCAUAACAAAUUUCAGGUUAUUUCGUGGAUCAAAAAUGUAAUCAAAAUGGAAUGGUUCCAAAAAUACUUCACUGCUUAUUUUUAUGGGGUGCACUAAUUAUAUCUGUUGGGUAGUUUUUAGGGGAAAUGUAUAACCUUUUAUUAUUAGGCUAUCUAAAAAAGAAAAAAGUCAAGCAUCUAAAGAAGUUAGAGAGUGAAAAAAAAAGGAAGUUAGAGAACAGCAGUAUGAACAAAAAAGAAUAAAAAGAAGGAAAAAUCAGUUUAACAGGAGAAAUAGAUGAACAGCACACAGGAAACAUUUCUUUUAAUGGGAAGAUGUUAUGACUACUCUCUUUGUAAUUUGCAAAGCAAGUUUCAGUUUCCAGCAGUCACAGCCUGGGUUUUGUCUAGUUUGUUUUAACCAGGGUAGAAUUAGGAAAAAAUGGGUGAAAUAUUUACAAUUUUAAAUGAAAGCAUCAGAAAAUUUUGGAGCAAAGAAACCUCAAAGAACCAAUAACUGAGAAAUAUAAACAUGAAUUUUGGGGAGUGUUUCCCUUGAAGAAAUUAGAGAUUUGAAAGCAAAAACCAUACCUGACAGGAAAGGAAAAGGUCAGCUGAGUUUUCAACAGACUUAAAGUUUGAGGAAUUAUUUAAAAUUUAGGCUUCACAAAGGAUCAGACCUCCAGUAAAUCCCCGAGCUGUCUACUGGGACAUUAUAUGGAAGGACACAGAAGGGAUGAAAGAUGGGAAAAGAUACUUCUUGGAAAGCUAAAAUAAUUGAAAUAGAUUUAUGUUAGUAUCACACAAAGUAGGUCAUGUGACAAGACAUAAUUCUAGAGAUGGAGAAUAAAAUAUGUAACUAUGCAUUCAUAUAGCAAUGCAUGGAAAAAAUAUAAAAAUAUGUUGACAUAACUAAAAGGGAUAGUGAACCCAUAAUUUUAUUUUGAGAUGUUAAUAUGCUCUUAAUGACUGAUAGACCCAACAGAGGGAAAAAUGCAAUAAGAAUAUAGAAAAUUUAAAUGAUGCAUCCAUUCCCCUUGACAAUUAACAUUACAUCUCAUGAUGGUUGAAUACAUAUUAUUUUUCAAGUGUUUGGGAAAUAUUUUUUGAAAAGGAACAUAUCCUUGGCUGAAAAGCAGAUGAGACUGAUCUCAAAGGACUGAAAUCAUCGAGAGUAUUUUUCUGAUUAUAACAAAUUAAACUAGAUGUCAAUAACAAAAGAUACUUAGAAAAUCCCCCAAAUUUUCAAAACUUAAGCAACACAGUUCUCAGCAUGGCUCAGAGGAAAUUCCAGUGAAUGUUGGAUAAGAUUUGAAAACAAAAGUAAAAAUUAACAUUUUAAAAUGUGGGAAAUGCACUACAU